AUGACAGAUGAUUUUUUGAAAGAAGUAAUAUCUCAUGGAAUAACAAAUUCUAAUGAUUUUAUUAUACAAUGCUAUAGAAUUAUUAAAGAUCCUAAUAUUAAUAACAAUAUUAUGGUAAUGGAAUUUGCAGAAGAUGAAAAUUUGCAUAGAAACUUAAUGCUAAAUUUUGAUGAAAUUACUUGGCAAACAAAGUUAAAAAGAUUAUAUUGUAUUGCUGCAGG